AUGGCGACAAUUCCCCCAGAGCUUGUGUUAGAGAUUCUUACAUACACAAGUGGAUGCCGCGAUGAUCUCAUGGCAUGUUGUCUUGUCUGUCGCGCCUGGCGCCGUCUUGCCCAACCCUUUGUCUUCUCUGAACUAUCCCUGUCCCUCGAAUCGCAAUGCCACCCUUGGAAUCGAAAAUUUGCUGCAUAUCCUCAUCUUGCUCAAUAUGUCACCCACCUCAACCUGUGGGGCGGAAACUUGGGGGAGUUGGAUGUUGUGUCAUUGGUCGAAGAUCAACCUCCUUUUCUUGAAGGUCCCGCCACACUGGAGCUCUUACGUCGGCUCCCAAAUAUCAAGUACUUGAAGAUACAUGACUUUUACUUGCCGAGCGAAAGGGAGAUAGAGGUUCUUUGUCAUUUUAUGCGGCUGGAGUGGCUGGAAAUGUGCGAGGUGAUGUUCAGCCAUCCAGCAGACUUGUUGGAUUUCAUGUCGCAAUCAGUUAAUUUGAAGGGUCUCCAUAUUACGGAUACAGAAGUCAGGAGUCUUACCGAAGACCUGAUUGGUCCCACACUGCAUAAUCAUGUUGACGCUGUUCCGAAACGGCUACGGAAUCUCAAGCUCCAAGACGUCACUGAAAGUUUAUAUUAUCUCUCCUGGCUUUCAGGAGGUGCCUUUGACCUCGAUGAUCUUGUCGACCUCACUUUAUCUUGGGAAUCUUUCCCAACGAAACGCCCUCACCUUCCUCCCGAACCUCUUUCUUCCUAUAUCGAUCCUUUUAUCAGUACUGUCGGUGCUGGGAUCAAACAUCUACGGCUUGAUAUCGAAACUCCAGAGCAAGAAUCCAACGUUAACUACAUGCUAGAGCAUUUCAUCUCAACGAGAGCCUUGAGCAACUUUAAAGCGCUAGUAACCUUGAACAUCGACUCAAUAAAUCCUUAUAUCAAGAAUGAUGCUGCCCAUCUGGUUGACAUCGAACGUCUUUUUCAACACCUCACGCUACCGAACCUUCGGAAAAUAUCCAUAACAAUUUGCUUCACUCUGGACACUGCGGACCAUCUCCCAUCCUAUAAAGAAUUCCCCGUCUGGGCUAGUCUCGAUGAGCUCUUCGCCAGCUCGCAGUUUCCCUCUCUUCAGCAGGUCAUGCUGUUCAUCGAGGUGAAAAGUGUCCACUGGGAUGCUCACAAAUUCGGACUGAGGUUGGAAGACUCCGAUUCCGACAAUGAGGAUGCUGCUAGUGUUGUCAUCCCGCCGCUGAACAUCCUCCGACGGUGGACGAUGUUGCUGCUGUGA